GGCGCCCCCCAGGGAGAUGUAUCAGGGCUUCCCCGGAGACUACGACUCCGCCUCGCGGUGCAGCUCGUCCCCGUCGGCCGAGUCCCAGUACCUCUCCUCGGUGGAUUCCUUCGGCAGCCCCACGGCCCCCGGCGCCGCCUCCUCGCAGGAGUGCAGCGGCCUUGGGGAAAUGCCUGGAUCAUUUGUGCCAACAGUGACUGCCAUCUCGACUAGCCAAGACCUCCAGUGGCUGGUGCAGCCCACCCUGAUCUCCUCCAUGGCUCAGUCCCAGCAGCCUCCGGGACAGCAAAUGCCUCCGCAGCAACAGCCCCCUCCGGUGGACCCCUAUGACUUGCCCGGCACCAGCUACUCCACUCCGGGCAUGAGUGCCUAUGCCGGUGGGCCCCCAACAGCCCCCGUAGCUGCUGCCCCACAGCGUUCCACCAGGGCCCGGCCCCGAAGGACGCGGGAAGAAACGGUGAGCUGGGAAGAUUGUAGGGCCUUCCUUCUCCUGUGGAACUACCUCUGGGGAAUCGGCGACGAGCUAACACCAGAAGAAGAAGAAAAACGGCGCGUCCGCCGUGAGAGGAACAAGCUAGCGGCGGCUAAAUGCCGGAAUCGCCGCAGAGAACUGACGGAUCGACUGCAAGCAGAGACAGACCAGCUGGAGGAAGAGAAGGCCGAGCUGGAGUCCGAGAUAGCCGAACUGCAGAAGGAAAGAGAGCGGCUGGAAUUCGUCCUCGUGGCUCACAAGCCCAGCUGCAAAAUUCCGUACGAGGACAUACCCGAGCUGAGCGGCCAGCCUGGCACCUCCACUGAGGUGGGCGCUCUGGCGAUGGCCGUAAAAGAGGACCCCUUUGGGCCGACGGCCUACUCAUCUGUGCCUCUCCACUACCAGCAGAGCCUUGGAGGAGUGCAGGCCCUGGGCCCAGCGGAGGUAGCGUUUUCUAGUUCUUACUUUACACAUGGUGAACAGCUGACCGACCCGUACCCGGCUAACCCUUCAUAUACGUCUUCGUUUGUCUUCACCUACCCAGAGGGAGCCUCCUGCGGAGCCACCCACCAGCGGAACAGCAGCAGCGACCACUCCUCGGACUCCCUGAACUCCCCUUCACUCCUUGCUUUGUGAAACUAAA